AUGCCCCUUUCCGUCCCCCAGUCUCGUCCUUCCCAUUCGCGUCACCACCAUCCGUCCCCACCCUUUCAAUAUAGUCUCAAGACAAGAUCCCGCAACACACGCAUGAGGGCCCGAGGGCAACAGCUGCAAACGCCCAACUUACUUCUUCCACCCCCUUACCCGCCCACGCAACCCCUCUGGUGCUGGUUUCUGGUGCUGGCGGCUGGCGCUGGUGCUGAUUCCUGGUGCUGGCUCUGGUGCUGGCGGCUGGCGGUGGUGCUGGUUCCUGGUGCUGGCGGCUGGCGCUGGUGCUGGUUCCUGGUGUUGGAGCUGAUGGUGGUGCCUGGUGCUCGCGGCUGGCGCUGGUGCUGGGUCCUGGUGCUAGCGGCUGGCGCUGGUGCUGGUUCCUGGUGCUGGCGGCUGGCGCUGGUGCUGGUUCCUAGUGCUGGCGCUGGUGCUGGUGCUGGUUCCUUGUGUUGGCGGAUGGCGCUGGUGCUGGUUCCUGGUGCUGGCGCUGGUGCUGGUUCUUGGUGCUGGCGGCUGGCGCUGGUGCUAGUUCCUGGUGCUGGCGGCUGGCGCUGGUGCUGGUUCCUGGUGCUGGCGGCUGGCGCUGGUGCUGGUUCCUGGUGCUGGCGGCUGGCGCUGGUGCCUGGUGCUGGUGGUGAUCGCUGGUGUUCCGCCGCCACUCCCUUCCACCUUUUUCUCUCUCCCCCACAGCAUUCCGCCGCCACUCCCUUCCCCCUUUCCCUCUCCCCCCCACAGCGUUCCGCCGCCAAUCCCUUCCCCUCCUCCCUCUCCCGCCCACAGCGACCGCCGCUGCACACGCGAACAGUCGCGACGGGGGGGGGGGGGUGA